CUAUUUCAUACGGAAAUUCACAAGAUUAUCAUGACUAAGAACCUUUAUGUAUUCAUCCAAUUUUAUGCUUAUGUAUACUACUGAACUAUAUUUUUAGUGUGAACAACCUGUAGAUCUUAUUGUUUUAAGAAUAAAGAGCUAUAUUGAGUGUUAAAACGUAUUUCGUUAUUUUUAAAAAAAAUAGGUAUGCCAUUUUAUUUGACAGAUUUCGAACGUUCUACGAAGUUUUUAAUCAUCCUUAUCCUAUCACUUACACCUCAGUCAGCUUAUGCUCAAAUUGAUGGAAUCUACUGUGGUGAAGAAACCUGUUAUGAUGUUUUACAGGUUACCCGAGAUGAUGAUAAAAAUAGAAUUCGUAAAGCAUAUCAUGAAAUGGCAAGAAAACAUCAUCCAGAUAGACAGAAAACAUCUGAGGAUAAAAUAAAAGCGGAAGAACGCUUCCGUUUAAUCAACACUGCCUAUGAGAUUCUUAGUGAUCCAGAACAACGAACAGAAUACGAUUAUAUGCUUGAUAAUCCAGAUCAAAUGUACUAUCAUUACUAUCGGUAUUAUCGACGUCGUGUUUCGACAAAAGUUGAUGUUCGAUUGGUAAUUAUAUCAAUUCUUCUUAUUAUAUCAUCGAUACAAUAUGCUGGUCAAUGGACAAGUUAUAAUCAUGCAUUAAGUUAUUUACUGAAAGAUCCAAAGCAUCGUGCCAAAGCAAAACAGAUAGCUAUUGCUGAUGGUCGUUUAAAUAUAUCCAAAUAUGAAGUUGGCAGACGUUUAACACGUGAUGAACUGAAAGAACGUGAGGAACAACUACUUCGGGAUAUAUUAAAGGAGACUGUUGAACUUCGAGGUGAUUGUUGUCGACCCAGCCUAAAACGUGUUCUACUGGUUAGAAUAUUGUUUUUCCCUUGGACUUGUUAUAUAUGGUUACGUUGGAUGCUUUAUUGGGUUGUAAAGUAUUGGAUACUUCGUAGGGAAUAUGACGAAGAGGCACGGAUAUUUAUCACUAGACGUCGGUUAAAAAUAAGUGAGAGUGAAUGGGAUUAUGCAGGCGAAGAACAACAAGCAAAGUAUUUAUCACAAAAACUUUGGAUUAAUGAGAAUUAUCAGAAAUUUCUUGCAGAUCAACAAGAAGCAAAUCGAAUUCGAGCAGCUGAAGAUACUGAUUUAAAACGUUAUAGACGAUACACAAAACGUGCUGGACCUGCCUCAGUGAAUCUUGAAGAUUUAUUUUAA